UGGAUCUGUUACGGAUCAUAUGCGCGUGUGCGGUGACAAAUAUCGACAUAGCACACCAGAAUCAAUCACUUUUAUUUAUAUUUUGUGUACCAUUUACUCUUUUUGAUCUUUGUCUUAAACCUAGUUUGGAUCGAAUUUUAACUUCUCAGCGUGACGCGUUCUUGUCCGUGUGACUGUCGUCUCAUAACCUCGUUAAUGUGGGCCUGCAUGUCAAGGAUCACCUGAUCUUUUCUCAUCUAAAGCUUUUCCCAGUUGGACAUCAGUUCUAGACAAGGUGGCUCAAUGUCUCUCUACGCAAGGAGACUUACAGGAUGACCCAGUGGAUGUUUUACUAGAAUUACCUGACCCGGAGACCAGCUGAUCGGUGUGAUGAAGGAUCGACUGGCUGAGCUGAAUGCUAGUAACACACAAGCAGAGGAGGAUGUUGCGGUUGCAGUGGACAGAGAUGGCUUCAUGGAGAGUUUCUUCAGACGGGUGGAAGAGGUUAGAGGACUCAUUGAUAAGAUCACCUACCAAGUGGAAGAGGUGAGGAAGAUUCACAGCAUGAUCCUCUCUGCACCCCACCCAGAUGACAGAACAAAGGAUCAGCUCUGUGCACUAACCAACGACAUCAAAGGGAAUGCCAAUGUGGUGCGAACUAAACUAAAAUCCAUGGAGCAGAGUGUGCCCAAAGAUGAUGCCGCCAACAGAUCAUCGGUUGACUUCAGGAUCCAGAAAACACAGCACACUGUGCUGUCCAGGAAGUUUGUGGAGGUCAUGACCCAGUACAAUGAGACUCAAGUGUCCUUUCGGGAAAGAAGCAAAGGAAGGAUCCAGAGACAACUGGAGAUAACUGGCAGAGUGACCACCAGUGAAGAGCUGGAGGACAUGCUCGAAAGCGGGAACCCGUCCAUCUUCACCUCUGAUAUCAUCUCUGACUCCCAGAUCACACGUCAGGCCUUAAAUGAGAUCGAGUCACGGCACCAGGACAUCAUACGUUUGGAGACGAGCAUCAGAGAACUCCAUGCGAUGUUCAUGGACAUGGCAAUGCUGGUUGAAACUCAGGGCGACAUGGUUAACAACAUUGAGAAGAAUGUCUUGAAUGCAGCCGAAUACAUUUGUCGUGCAAAGGAGGAGACCAAAAAAGCAGUGAGAUACCAGAAGAAGUCUCGCAGGAAAUACAUUAUCCUUGCCUUUGCUCUGUUGAUCCUGCUUGCUGUCAUUGCUCUCAUUGUUGGCCUGUCUGUCGGACUAACAAAACCUCCUGUGUGAGACCUACUGCGUGAGAAACGUCUCUGCCUCGCCAUGUGUGGAGGUUUCCUGCUUUUACUCAUCAUUAUAGUCGGAGUCUUUGAGUAAUGGAUUUCAUGGUUCACGGCCUCACGGCAAUCAGCAGCUCGUGUAGUGACGAGGCUUUAACCAGCUUCAUAAUAAGACUGUCAUUCUCUAUCCAGCAGCAUUACAGAGAGGAUUUCUGGACCAUAAUGAACUAACUAAAACGUGCACCGGUAACAUCAGACCUCGUGGUGCACUGUCGUGGAGCAUUUCUGUACAGCUAGCCGGUGUGCACUCUGUGUUGCUGCCACUGUUUCACGUCCUUGCGCUUACUGUAUAAGAAUCAUUUGGCAGUUCUCUGUUGUUGAGAGUUUGAUGACAACAUGUCUCCAGUAUUCUCAUGUCUGCACUUGUGUACAUACCAUGAACACUUUUUUACUUAAGCUAAGCUAAUCAUUUGCAAGGUGCAGCUUCAUUCGACACGCAGACCUGAGAAUACAUUCAUCUCUAAUGAGGAACAAACUGUCAAGCUAUCGCUUUAGUAGUUAAAAGAUGUGACGAUUGUAACUGUCUUUAUUCACUGUUAAUAUAAUAUAUGUUUACAUGUUCAUGUGUAUUUUUAUAUGUGUUCUUGACCUUUUGUAUGUUUAGAAUUUGAAUUUAGGACUAUUCCUUUAUUGAUCCCUUAUGGGGAAAUUCUUUUUCUGCAUUUAACCCAUCAAUUUGUUCGCUCGUUACGCUACAGCUCCACUGUUAUUCGUGUGAACUGAAUGCAGCUCGCUGCACAGUCGUCCAUGGGACCUCAUUUGGGAAAAACUAUAAACAGUAGUCAGUGGUGAGAGACAAAUCAUUUUUCGAUUCAUGUUCAUUGUGCCAUGAGCUCCACAGUUUUAAAUGAUUUUGCAUUUCAAGAACGCAACAAGAACGCAGGAGGUCACCCUGAUAGAUGUGUCCACCGGUGUCCACCAGAAGGGACAGGAUUUCUUUUUACUAUAGAAAAAAGUAAAAAUAUUAUGUAUGCUGUAAUUUUUCAAGUUACUUGUGUCUCAGCCAGAUGAAAUAUCGGCAACGUAGUCAAAUGGAAUUUACCAUUUUAUACAUUGACUGAAUCAACAACCUUAAAAAAGUGCCUUCAUGACAUUUUAAUAUAAACUUUAACUUAUCGAACUGUAUUUAUCACAAUCACUGUGUGUGAUGACUGAAAUAUUAGUUGUGAAAAAAGUCAUACAGAAAUGCAGGACUCUUGGAUGAUUAUUUUAAGAACACACAUUUUUAUGUUGAUAUUAAUACUCUUUUACUUUUCUUUGUAUGUUAUAUCCCGUGUUUUAUAUGGAGGCACAAUUGUUAAGUCAUGUAAGUAAAAAUAAAGAGUAAAAUGUC